UGGCUAGAUCCGAGUGCGCAUGCCGUCAUCGUUCGGAAUGCCCAUUCAUGUGUGCACUUGGGCGUUGGACUCCGCAUCUUAUUAGCAACAAGGGAGAUUUCUCCAUUUUCCACCCUGUCUACGGCGACACAGCCACAAAUCUGGGAUUUUUUAUUACUUCUCUUAACUUGGCAGGCUUUUUGCGAUUUACCCAUUUUGUUCACUUCGUCUGGACUUCGAUUUCUUCUAGUGUAAACUUUUCAAAGGGGGGGCAAUUAUACUGAUCUUGCGCAUAAGAAAGAAGCUUGUGGUCUUUGUUCGUUUUUGGAUAGGCUGAGUUUCUUUGUUGGACAGAAAGCAUGGGAGCGCAAUUCUCCAAGACCGCUGCAAAAAGCGAAACCGCGACCGAAAAGCCAGGAGAAGCGGCUGCUUCACCAUCCAAGACAAACGGACAGGAAAACGGCCAUGUGAAAGUGAAUGGGGAUGCCUCUCCUGCUGCAGCGGAGGCUGCUAAAGAGGAGGUGCAGGCCAAUGGCAGUGCCACAGCUGAGGAAAGUCCCAAAGAGGAGGCUGAGAAGGCAGAAGCGGCUCCUCCAGAAAAAGAGGUAGCAGAGGGAGACAAGGAGAACGCAGAGGCUGCCUCUCCCGCCCCUGAAGGAGAGGCUUCAGCAAAGGCAGAGGAAGGCGCCACACCCUCCACCAGCAAUGAGACCCCCAAAAAGAAAAAGAAGCGCUUCUCCUUCAAGAAGCCGUUCAAGCUCAGCGGCUUCUCCUUCAAGAAAACCAAAAAGGAGACGGGUGAGGGCGGGGAGGCCGAGGAGGCCAAGGCUGAGGCGGCGGAGGCCCCGGAGGCAGCGGAGGCCAAGCCCGCUGAGGAGGAGGCUGCCGCACCCGCCGGUGCCGCCGAGGAGACCAAGGAGGAGGUGAGCGCCUCGCAGGAGGCCAAGCCCGAGGAGACGCCAGCCGAGAAACCGGCGGCCGAGGAAGCGGCCCCCGCCCCGGUGGCCGAGGAGCCCAAGGAGGCGGCAGCGGAGGAGAAGCCAGCCGAACCGGCCGCCGAGGAGGCCAAGCAGGAGGAGGCCCCGAAAGCGGAGGAGCAGGCGCCCGCGACGCAGGAGGCCGCCUCCAGUCCGGAGGCCCCCGCAGCCGAGGCCGCGGAGUAAACGCCCGCCCGACGAUACCAGAGAAGAAGAAAAAGAAGAAAAAGGAGAAAAAAAGAUAAUCAAAGAACUUUUUUCCCUGUUUGUAAGUUGGAGAGAUGCCAGGUCCUGGCUUUGGAGAACUUGUCUACAACCAGGGAUAUUUUAAAGCUUUUCUCUUUCUUUUUUGUUUUCCCUACCCCCCCCUCCCC